GGGGCGCGGGCGGGCGCAGCGCUCGGCGGAGCCGGUGGCGGGCGGGGGGCGGCCGGGGCCGGUUCUGUGCGAUUCCCUGCAGGCACCGACCGCGCUCCCGCCGCGCCCCGCGCAGCCGCCCCUCGCCGGCGCCACUCGGGGGCUUGUUUUCCCCUCCCCCCCCCAUUUUUAAAUUUUCCUCCCGCUUCCCCUCGGCGCCCGGCACUUCCGGCUGGUUUCCGGGCGGUUUCCGGGUGAGCGGCUCCUUCGGCGGCGGGGGCGAUGCUGGAGGCGGCGGCGGCGGGGCCCGCUCCGGGCGGCGCGGAGCAGCGCGGGAGCCGCUUCAGCGUCCUGACGUGGGAGCAGGUGCAGCGCCUGGACCAGAUCCUGGGGGAGGCCGUGCCCAUCCACGGCCGCGGCAACUUCCCCACGCUGUCGGUGCGGCCGCGCACCAUCGUGCAGGUUGUCCGUAGCCGCCUGGAGAAGAAAGGAAUCGCAGUGCACAACGUGAGGCUGAACGGCUCAGCAGCCAGCCACGUCCUCCACCAGGACAGCGGCUUGGGCUACAAGGACCUGGACCUCAUUUUCGGGGUGGAUCUGAAGACCGAAGACGUUUUCCAGCUGGUUCGAGAUGUGGUCAUGGACUGCCUGCUCGACUUCCUCCCCGAAGGUGUCAACAAGGACAAGAUCACGCCCAUGACCCUGAAGGAGGCCUACGUGCAGAAGCUGGUGAAGGUGUGCAACGAGACCGACCGCUGGAGCCUCAUCUCGCUCUCCAACAACAGCGGCAAGAACGUGGAGCUCAAGUUCGUGGACUCGCUGCGGCGCCAGUUCGAGUUCAGCGUGGACUCCUUCCAGAUCAUCCUGGACUCGCUGCUGCUCUUCGGGGAGUGCUCCGAGAACCCCAUGGCCGAGAACUUCCACCCCACGGUGACCGGGGAGAGCAUGUACGGGGACUUCGAGGAGGCCAUGGAGCACCUGCGCAGCCGCGUCAUCGCCACCAGGAGCCCCGAGGAGAUCCGCGGCGGGGGCCUCCUCAAGUACUGCAACCUCCUGGUCAGGGGCUUCAAGCCCAAGUCCGAGGUGGAUAUGAAGGCCCUGCAGAGGUACAUGUGCUCCAGGUUUUUCAUAGACUUCCCUGACAUCGGCGAGCAGCUGAGGAAGCUGGAGGGUUACCUCCAGAGCCACUUCGUGGGCAUGGAGAGCAACAGAUAUGACUAUUUGAUGACCCUGCACAGGGUGGUCAAUGAGAGCACAGUCUGCCUCAUGGGACACGAGAGGAGGCAGACCCUGAACCUCAUUGCCAUGCUGGCUGUGAGGGUCCUGGCUGAGCAGAACAUCAUCCCCACCGUCACAAACGUUACCUGCUACUACCAGCCAGCCCCUUAUGUCAGUGAAAUAAACUUCAACUACUACGUGACCCACGUGCAGCCCUUCCUGCCGUGCAAUCAGUCUUACCCCACGUGGCUUCCCUGUAACUGAGCCAGGACAAACUCCAGGGUCUGUCCUCCAAGGUAUUUCCUUGCCUUGGGGGGUUGGGAGGGUGGGGAGGGGGAGCAAAAUAAAACCUACCGACCUUCCUAGAGCUGCAACAAAAGGAAACUUCCUGGACUCUUGCAUGAGUGUCUCGUUCCUGGGAUUGUUGGAACGGGACUUGUCUGCUGUACACUGUGAUGGGAAGUGCAGUGUUAUGGGAAUGGCUCCUUAUGGAAUUGUGGAGGCAGUGGGGUGGGUGGGGGUGUGUGAGGGGAGACUGUAGAAUUAUGCUAAGGCAGAGCUGCACUGCCCUGAAAUGGAUCUGAAUUGUGGUUUUUUUAGUGCAGGAGGUGUUAUGGGUGUGCAAACUUUUGGUUUCUGCCGAGAGAAGCCAGAGUGGCUAAUUCCUUUGAAGGACCAAAGAAUCCUGUUUAAGUGCCUGUAACAAUAUAAACACAACUGUACUGUAAACCUUUAUUAUUUUUUGCUGGGGCUGAUGGCCCAGAGCUUGAGUGGGGGAUGUCUGAAGAAGAAAAUGUUUCUGUCGUGGGUGGGGAGGGUCGCAAGAUCAUUUCUUAUCCUGGCUGAGGCCAGAGCAGGUUCUGUGUCGCUGAGGGCUUUGGGCAUGGCUUGCUGCCUGUGCAGGACCAGCUGGAGCAGAGAGAGCCCAAGAGGGGCUGCAUAACCUGGGGGGAUUGGAAUGGCUAUGUGGAAACCCUGAAACUGGGAACACUGGGGAGGGGGGAGUGCCAGGUGGGAAAUGCUGUGCAGAGCUUGCUGGAAAAAAGGCAGCAGGGACCUACACAUGGAUUUCUUCAAGCUCCCAAGUCUGCAGUGCCAAAAUGUAGUUGAGUUCCUAAAUGAUGAGGCAGAUGAUUUGUCCAGGAGCCUGCCCCAGGCUGCCGUACCUAAUCCUGUAUUUUCUAGGGGAAUUUGAAAUGCUGCUCUUAUGAAUUUUUUUUUUUUUUUUGGACAUGCAGUGUGAUUUUAAUGCACAAAGCCAGAGGCCAGCUGGGCCACUGGGGAAGGCAAGGCUUGUCCUUUGAAGCACAAACCAUCCAGGUCACUGGUCAGUCAUUUCCAGCUGUUGCUGUGUCCUCCAGGGAGGUGGAGAAACCUCCUCCAUGCUGGAGAUCAUCCCUUGGGCAGGGCCUGUCUCCAAAGCAGCCUAUUCCCAGCUCUGUGAGUCCCUGUGUGAGCCACUGAUAGCAUUUGAAAUUCAUUCUCUAGCUAGAAAUGGAGCCUGGGGGAGAAGGGGGAUGAAGUUAGUUGGCCUUAGGGAAAAAAUGUCUUCUGAGCAGGCCCUCUGGUGUUUUGGGGUUUGGCUCUCUCAGUCCGAGUGGCUUUGAGGCUGUUGGGUGUCCGGAGCACAGAGGUUUUUCACGGGGGUGCCUGGGCUGCUGUGCCCGUCCCAGGCUGGGCACAGAGCUGGCAUUCCCAGGGUGCUGCUCCGGGGGCACCGCGGCCUCCUGGUGCUUCCCCGAGGCUGACUCCAGUGUCUUUACUAACUUGUGGUUUUUUUGGUGGGUUUUUUUCUCUUGUUUUUGUGACGAAACUGUAAUAGCCGGGCAGAUUGAAAUAAAGACUAGAUCCUUGGAAUGUG